AUUUACAGCAGAUGGUUCUGCUUCUUGAGUGUACAAAUCAGGCCUACUUCCUUGAGCAGUCCUGCUGCUGCCCUACACUCCAACAUAACAAAUAUGACUUGAUUGAUGACGUGUUAAAAUUGUUCUGAAAAUUAAGCAUGGAGGGGUAUUUAAGUUUGAUCCAGAAUUGAGAUAUCAUGGGGGGAAGUAUCAUAGGGAGACUAUUGAUGAUGUUCAAGAUUUAGAUUAUGGUAGGCUUGUUAACAUAGUUAAGGGGUUAGGCUAUGGUCAUAUGCCCAAGUUGUUUUGGCUUCCAACUGGGGGUUCAAUCAGUGAGCACAUUAAGGCAGUUGUGGAUGAAGAAUUUGAUAAAAUUAUUGCAUAUUUGCAAUCAAUUGGUGAGGAGAGCCAGUCUGCCACUUUGGCUAUAUUUCUAGAUCACAAUAUAGACCAGCCUAAUUUCCUUUGUCCAACUGAGACUGAAGUGUUGUUAUUAGAAUGGAAAAAAGAUGAGGGGGUAAUGGAGGGGGUGAAUGACACUGAGACAGUAGAAAAGUUAGAUGAGAGGGUUGAGGGAGUAAUGGAGGGGGUAAAUGACAAUAAGACAGUAGAAAAGUUAGAUGAGAGGGUUGAGGGGGGAAAUGAUACUUGCAGAGUGGAGGGGGUAAAUGACACUAAGACAGUAGAAAAGUUAGAUGAGAGGGUUGAGGAGGGAAAUGAUACUUGCAGAGUGGAGGGGGUAAUUAAGGAGGCAAUGGAGGGGGUGAAUGAGCCAGUUGAUGGUUUGGUGGAGGAUUGGCCAGCUUGGGAAGAGAAUGUUGGUGAUAUGGCUUGGACUACAGAAAAGGAUGCACACAUGUUUGAUGCUGACUGGCUUCAGAGUUUUGUUGCAGAGGAGGUUAAUGAGGCUCCAUCCAGUGUACCCCAUAAUGAGGCUCCAGCGAGACCUGCAGCAGCAGCAAAAAAUGCAAAGAGGAAGAAGAAACAGAAGGCUCCACCUAGGGGGAAAGUAAGUGUUACUGAGAAGGGGAAGAGGAAGGUAUCAAAGUGGGCACACCUUUGUACUAGGAGGGACAUCACAGAAAAUGUGGAUGAAGAAGAGCAUAGCAGUAGUGGGGAGGAAGAUGAAGACUACACAAAUGAGAUGGACUACUUCUCAGAUGUGAAUGAUGAAGAACUACUGCAAGCAAGAAAUAAAAUAAGGGAAAACCAUAGGGCCAAAAGAGAGAGAAUGGAAAGGGCCCAAAAUGCUUCAGUAAUUGGUGAUGAAGAGAGUAAACCAGUCCCAGUUGGUGAGGAUGUGUUGGAGCCAGUUCCUGUGGACAGCUUAGAGCCAGUGAAGUAUGAUCCCAGGAACCCUAAUCCUGCAUUUGUAGUUGGGAUGAUCUUCAAAAAUGCACCUGAGUUCAGGGAAGCAAUUAGGAAGUAUGCUGUUAACAGAGGUGUAGAGAUAAAGAUGGUAAAAAUGAACCAAUAAGAGUUAGGG